AAAACCCUAAAGAUAUAAAAGCCCUUUCCUAUUUCCCUCAUCCUCUCAGUCACACACAACACAACAAUUCAAAAACCCUAAAAACCAGAUCAACUUCAUCUCGCCGUUUUUAUCGGGGAAAAAAAAAAAAAAAUGAGUGAACCAGUCCCAUUGCCUGUCAGCCGGAGUCCAUAUCAUAUCUAUCAUCGCUCACUGAGCGAGGGAUGUCAAAAGAUAAUUGUGUAUCCACAGGGCUCUAAUUUACGUGACGUCAGGGUCUUCGUGAAUUGGAACACAGGGACCGUUACUGUGAAUGGUAACAUUGAUUCGGCGAUUCCGCACUUCCCUAUGGAAAUAUCUCUUCCGGGAGGCUUUUAUGACCAAAGUGCCCUCGGAUUCAGGGUUUUUGGCAGUGAACAAAUAGUCAUUAACUUUCCCUUUGUUGGAGACGGUUCGUGGGUGCCUCUUCGGCGAUUGGAUCAAUCUUCUCAGGAGUAGCAAUCUUCUCAAGAGCAAUCUUAGUUAGUAGAGAAUACCGCUGCUGAUUUGGAGCAGAAACAAAAAGAAACAACUAAUCUAUAUAUUUUUGUCCUUUUCUUUUUAGGUAAAAAAAAAAAAAAAUAUUAACAGCACUUAGAUUUUAUUUUUUUUUUGUUUCUUAAUGUAAUGUAGUGGUGCUUUGACGACCCAUUGAGGUUUUUUUGAAAUGUGAAUGAAUGAAUCUUGAUUAUCAGAUGAAGAAUGCUAUUCCAUUCAUUUUGUUCUCCCAUGCGAUUAUGGUUUGACCAAAAAAGUCUCUAAUUUGAAUUUUUUUUUUUAUGAUUGAUAACACGUCAAUUUGUGCAAGAAAACUGUUGUGAAUAGUAAAUUGUAAAUUGAAAAUAAUGAUUGAGAAAAAAAGGAACAAUGAAAUGGGUGAAGAUGUAAGUGGUGAGAUAAAACUAAUAAGAAUGGUAAAUUUGGUGAAAAAGUGAUAUGAUUUGAUAUGUGGAGAAGAUUUAUUUUCCUACUUUCUUUAUGUUAAGGGUCUGUACAGUGGGAGUCUUCUUUUUUUUUUGUUAGGGUAAAGUA